GAGUCCCACAUGAAGCCAUAGAAGCAGUUUGGGAGAUGUUGGACUGCGGGGCAGCUGCGCGCCGCUAUGGAAGGCGAUAAGAGAAGAACCAAAGAAGACACUUGGAAAUCAGAUGAACUAAAGAAGCAUCUUAGGGGAUCUCUGUCAGACAGUCAGUCAAACGACAAGAGACAUCACGAGAGAAAACUGCGAGAGAGAGAUGGCCGGGAUGCUGAUGACUACAGAGACUCUCUGUACAAAGAACAAGACAAGGACAGAGUAAAAUCCAAAGAAAAAACAGGAGAAAAAGCACGGUUCAAAUCGAGCGAAAGACAUAGGGAGGAACGGAAAGAGAGAGGGAGAGAAAAAGAGCAUCCCAGAGAAAGAGAGAGAGAAAAGUCUAAGGCGACUCACGAGAGACACACCAAAGAAGAGAAAGAGAGUGCUGGGAAAGGUGGAGAGCGGCACAGUGGAAGAGAAAGAGAGAGGAAGCACAGGAAAGAUGAUCCUAAUCAGGCGCGCGUGCAAGAGGUUUAUGGGGAAAGGAAUAAAGAACACCACAGAAGACAAGGCAGCAAGGAUUAUGGAGAUCAUUCAAAAGUAAGAGAUGAAGAAAAAGAAAGAAGGCAUUUGGAAAGAAAGAGCGAGGAGGCCAAGAACAACGAGGAUGAGAUUUCAAAACACAGAGAUCAAGAACGUGAACACAGACACAGGUCACACAAGGAACAGGAACCUGACAAAGACAGGAAGAGAAGGCACAGGGAGAAGAGAGACCAGGAACGCUCAGCUGUGGAAGGAAAAGAGAAGCAUUUGAAAGAAAGGAGCCUUAGGGCUGACAAGGAUGGGGAAGAGGGCCAUGUGCCCAGGACACAUAAGGAGCAACCCUUCCAUGAAGACAAACAUUACAGCGAGAGCAGUGAAAGGCGGCAAAAAGAAGACAGUGAAAUAAGGAAGAACGAGCACAAGCACAGUGAACACAAAAGCCAAGGGAAAAGCUCAAGGCAUGAAGAUGAAACUGACCAUCUACAUGAAAGGAGUUCAAAAGAAAAAAUAAAGAACCAGGCCAAGAGCGAAAAAGAAGAUACAGGACAAGAAGAGCUGAUAAAGGACAUCACUAAUCCCUCUAACUCUGACGCAGAUUAUGAUAAUUGUUCAGUGAACUACGAGGAAGACUUUGAGGAUUACGAAGAUGAUUUUGACGAUGUGGACGACGACGAAGAUGACACUGAGGGUCCAGGGGACGGGGAGCGAGAAGAGGAAGAACAGGAGGCAGCAGAAAAAGUACGGAAGGUUCCUGUAGUCAAAAACUCAGAAAUAGAAGAAAUUCAGAAAGCAAUCAAUGCGGAAAACGAAAGAGUCAAGACCUUCCUCCCAGAGCAAAGGAAGGAUGAAUUGCUUCCCAAAGAAUGUGAAAAGGAACAGGGAAUGGAAAGUCAGGAUUCACCCAGGAGAAGUCCCGUUUCUGGAAAGUUCAUUGAUUUCCAAACUGCCAAACAGCGGCAAAGUAUCAGAAAGGUUGCCAGUGAGCAGAAGAAACGUAGUAUUGAGCUGCUUCGCCUUAUUGACCUGGACUUUUCGGUCAGCAUCAGUUUGUUGGAUUUGCCUCCAGUGAAUGAAUAUGAUAUGUACAUCCGGAACUUCGGGAAAACAAACACCAAACAAGCUUAUGUUCAGUCGAAUGAAGAUAAUCUAGAAAGAGAUGUUCAGACUGAAGAAAUAGAGACUCAAGAAAAAUGGACACAACACCCUGGAGAAACUGCCAUUGUGUGUGGAGGUCCAAAAAGCAGCAGCGAUGUAUCUGUCCUUACACCAAAGAUUGAUUCCCAAAGACUGGCAAAUUUCCUGCGGUCGGCUUGUCAGGUGGUUGCAGUUUUGCUUGAAGAAGAUCAAGUUGCCACACAGCCCAGGCGGAAUCUAAGAUCGCGACAGACCAGUUUGUCUAUUAGCGAUAAAUGCUUCCAGUUAAACACCAAUCUUCCUUUCCUGCAAGGUCGAAAAGUUUCCUGUUUACACAUCUCGCAAGCUCAGAGGCAGGCGCUGCUUUCUGUGCAUGAGUUGCCAGAAAAGUCAAGCGGUCUGCAAUUGGACAGAAAAAACAUCAUCUGUGUGUGGAAUGUCUGGCAGCCUUCGAACCCUCAGAAAAUUUUACUUUGUGGAUCACAGGUGACGUGCUGCUGCUUCAGUCCUAGUAAAGCUACUUUAGUGUUUGCUGGAACGGUCGAUGGUUCAGUGCUGGUGUGGGAUCUCAGGGAAGACUCCAGGAUGCACCACUGUAUAAACUUCAAUGAGACAGACUGGGCGUUUCGAUUGCCAACGUUUUCUACAGAUGGGGUAUUCACAUCCGUAAACCACAUGUGUCCCAUCCUGACCAUUGAACCUGUCUCAACAACCGUCUUCAAGGAGCAGAACUGUGGACUUUCCUAUCUAUCAUCUCGGGAAGAACUAUUAGGACUUUGGUUUCAGAUCGCCUCCAUGGACGAAAAUGGGACACUCAGUCUGUGGGUAGUGGUUGAACUUCAAAAAGAGGAUUUGGCUGGCUCACAGAGGGAUUUAGGUCUAAUUCCCGGGGGGAAAGUAAAGCUGGUUCAUAGCUCUACCAUUCAACUGAUGUGCAGCUAUUCACCAAAAGACACCACGUGCCUGGGGACAUCCCAGCCAUUGAAUAUUAAAUUUCUGCCUUCUGAUCCUAAUCAUUUCAUUGUUGGCACAGACAUGAGUGUUGUGAGUCACGGUACAAGGCACGAACUGAAAGCUCCUCCUAAGUUGUUCAAACCACAGCAGAGGGGACUGAGAUCCACUCGAGUCAAUGCAAUGGACUUCUCCCCUUUUGGAAAGCCAAUAUUUUUGGCGGGCUGUUCAGACGGGAGCAUAAGAUUGCACCAAAUGACCUCCGAGCUUCCGCUCAUCCAGUGGAACACCAGCACAACGGGGCAGCCAAUAAUCGCCUUGCAGUGGGCUCUGACCAGACCAGCCGUAUUUUUUGUUUUGGACGCGAUGUCUGUAGUUUACGUUUGGGACCUGCUGGAAAGCGACUUGUCGCCUGUAGCCAAACAACCCACCCAGGCAGAUAAGGUUGUGACCAUGGCUGUGCUGGGUGAGCCUGAAAAACUCAACGGUCUCCUCGGCCUUGCGCUGGCCAAAGAAUCCGGAGUCAUAGAGAUCUGGUACGUAAAGAAGAAGUGGGCUGUCCCUCAGCCGGAGGAGUCUGAGAAACUCAAUUUGCUCUUGCAGCAGGCUUUGUAGAAUCCAAACAGAUGCCUUUCUGUGAAUAGGCAGCGA